AUGAGUGGUAGUGAUAAUCAAAAUGAAAUCGGUAAAUUACAACAACAUCUUGUUCUACUUCGUGAAGAGUAUGUUAAACUUCAACAACGUUACAAAAACUUAGAACGAAAUUAUAAUGUUCUUAAUUCAACAACAAAACUUGAUCAAAAUUCAUUUGUUUAUCGUUUACUUAAAAUUGUAGCAGAAUUAUUUAAUCGUGAACUCUAUAGUGACAUUACAAUUAAACUUGAUGGUGAAACUUUACAUGGUCAUCGUUUUGUUUUAGCAGCACGUAGUAUUAAAUGGGAUCCACAACAAUUAGGUGAUGCAUCUGAACUUGAUUUAACAGAUAUUCCAUAUGAUGUUGGAUUUCAAUUGAUUAAAUGGGUUUAUACAGAUGAAAUAGCUGAAAAACAGAAUGAAGAUUUUUUAUUAAAUUUAAUGAAAACAGCUAAACGUUUUGAAUUAAAAGAAUUAAUUGAUCAAUGUGAAGUGGCAUUAAUAUCAGCAAUAACAGUUCGAAAUUGUUUGAAAUUUUAUAAAGUAGCAGAAGAAAUAGGUGCACAAGUUUUACAAACUCACUGUAGUCAAUUAAUUAGUGCACAUUGGAAUGAUUUUACCAGUGAAGAUUUUCAACAUUUGCCUGCACCAAUGACAUUUAAAUUAUUUAAACAAAAAACUAAAUAUCCACUUCAUCAAGCUGUACGCAUGAAACGUGAAGAUGUACUUUUUCUUUAUUUAAUUGAUAAUGAUGCAGAUUUAGCUGAACGAGUUAAUGAACUUGAUGAUCAUGGUGAAUUAGCACUUGAAUUAGCAUUAAAAACAAAACAAGAUAGUAUGGCAGAAAAUCUUGUUCGUCAUCAAGCUGAUAUUAAUCAUAUUGAUGCUGAAAAUCGAACAUUACUUCAUUUAGCUAUUAAACGAGGUGAUGAACAUUCUGCAACAUUUCUUAUAAAACAUGACUGUCGACUUAAUCAUCAAACAAAUGUUGGACGUGAAACACCAUUACAUUUAUUAAGUGGUCUUAAUCCAGCUGAAUUAUUAUCAGAUGUUAUGACUGGAAUGUGUCGUGUAGCACGACUUAUGCUUGAACAUGGUGCUGAUACAAAAAAACAAGAUGUAAAAGGCAAUAAUUGCCUUCAUAGAGCAAUACUUUCUGACAAUAUACAUGUUUUUCGAGAAUUAUUAACAGCAUCAAAAUUAGCAUUAGAUGAUAGAAAUAAAGAUGAUCAUGUACCACUUUGGCUUGCUCUUCAACAAGCUGAACAAAUGCAUAUUAGUUUUGAUCAAGAAACAUUUGCAAGUUUACUGGUUGAUCGUGGUGCUAGUGUUGAUGCUAUUGAUCCAAUAUCAACAGCAAAUGAAUCGUUAUUACAUAAAUGUGCUCGUCAUCAUUAUCAACAAGCUGGUCUUUAUUUAAUAAAAAAAGGUGCCAAAAUAAAUCAUGUUAAUAAACAAGGUGAAACAGCAUUACAUCUAACAUCACAAUUAGGUUUAGAACAAUUUACAAAAGCUUUACUUGAAAAUGGUGCCAAUUCAAAUAUUCAAACUCAUCAAACAUUAUCUUCUAAUGAUGAACAAAUUUCAAAUGUUGGUCUUCAAACACCAAUUCAUCGUGCUGUUUAUGCAUCACAAGAACGUAUACUUGAUGUUUAUAUACAAUUUCGUGAAAAAAUUACUGAAGAAAAUUUAAAACCAAAUUUUAAUAUUCAAGAUGAACAUGGUCAAAGUAUUUUUUCAUUAACACUAUGGAUGAAUAUGUUAACAAUAGCUAAACAACUUUUACUUAAUCGUCAUGCACAAUUAGAAAUAAAAGAUUGCGAACAAACACCAUUAUUAGCACAAGCUAUUAGUAAACAAAAUGUUCAAGCAGCUUUAUUUUUACUUGAACAAGGUGUUGAUGUUAAUGAAAAAACACAUGGUCUAUCUCCCAUACAACUUGCUGUUAAACAUCAUUUACCAUCUGUAGUUGAAGCACUUUGUCGUAAUGGAGCAAAUAUGAAUGUUGUUGAUGAAAAUAGAAAUAGUGUCUUAUGGAAUGCAUUAGAUUCAGGUCAAGAAGAUAUAGCUUCAAUACUUGUCAAAUUUGAUUGUGAUAGUACACAAUGGUCAAACGGACCUGAUAAUUGUCGACAAACUCUCUUGCAUCGAGCUAUUGAUGAAAAUAACGAAAGUGUUGCUUGCUUUCUAAUCAAAAGUGCUUGUGACAUUAAUUCUCCUCGUCAACCUGGUGUAAACGGUGAAGCACCUGAUAUAUGCAAAACUCUUGAAAGUCCUUUACAUCUUGCUGCUCAAUGGGGUCUUGAACGAGUUGUUUCAACGUUAAUUGAAUAUCAUGCCGAUAUAAAUAAAAAAGAUGCCGAAGCUAAUACUCCACUUCAUGUUGCAAUCAUUAAUCAACAUACAACUAUAAUUAAUUUAUUACUUAAUGCACCAAGUUUAGAUUUAACAAUACGUAAUAAACAAAAUCAAACACCAUUUGCUUGUGCAAUGGUAGCCAAAAAUAAUGAAGCUGCAAAUCUUAUUUUAAAACGUGAACCACGAGCAGCUGAACAACUUGAUAAUAAAGGUCGAAAUUUUCUUCAUGUAGCUGUACAAAAUGGUGAUAUUGAAAGUGUUUUAUUUUUAUUAACUGUUCAAGUUAAUGUUAAUAAUCGUGUUCAAGAUGCUAGUCAAUUUACACCACUUCAUUUAUGUGUACAAAUAGGAAGUGAAAUCAUUCUGAGAAAUUUAAUACUUGCAGGUGCGAAUAUUAAUGAUGUUACAGCUAAUCGUCGAUCAGCUUUACAUAUUGCAGCAGAAAAUAAUCGUGGUGUUAUUUGUAGUAUUCUUCUUGAAAAUCAUAUACAUGCUAAUUUAACUGAUGCUAAUCAAAAUACUGCUCUUCAUUUGGCGGUACAACAUGGCAAUUUAGAUGUUGUACGUUGUUUAUUAGCAGAAUCUGAUAUUGACGUAUUGACAUUAAAUUCCAAAGGAAUGAAUUGUCUUCAUGUUUUAGCAGCUCAUCCUCAAGGAAAUGCUCAAGCAAUAUUUGAGCAGAUUUUAAAACAUCAUCCAACAUUUCCACUUGAUAUUCAAGAUGGACAAGGAAAUACAGCUCUUAUAUUGGCUUAUAAAAAUGGUCAUGGUCAAUUAUGUCGUGCUCUUGUAUCAGCUGGUGCUAAUUUAAGUAUUUGUAAUAAUGAUUCAUUAUCAAUAUUUACUAUGCCAACGGCAAGUAAAGCUUUACUUGUUAAUAUACUUGAUAUUAUUACUCGUGAACCUCCAUGGGGUGAAAGUGAAACUUGUUUGGAAUGUGGAAUGAAAUUUACAAUAACAAAUCGAAGACAUCAUUGUCGACACUGUGGUCGAGUUUUAUGUAAACGGUGUUCUGUGAAUGAAUUACCAAUAAUGAAAUUUAAUUUGCAAAAACCUGUUAGAGUAUGUCAAUUAUGCAAUGAUGUAUUAACUCUUGGUGUUAUGGCGGCUCGUUGA